GAAGCACAGUCUGUAAUAAUUAACUAUUCUGACCUUUCCCCACACACAGUUCUCUCUCAGCGUGCCCCUGCACUUGGACUUUUCUUGUUUUAGUUUAAUCCCAAUACACUGCUGUGUGUCAGUCUUCAGGAGCUUUUCUUUUCUUUUUGAUGAAGAGGGAUUCAGUUACACACAAGACUCCUUCGCCUGAAACCUGUAGAACCGGUUUAUUUGUGUUUUCUUCUCUGAAAGCAGCCUACAGUAUUCUCUUCAUCUUCCGUGUGAGCAAUGCGCUGGCAGCAAGCGGUCACCACUCCCACUCUGAUAAAAGUGACCUCGGAGCUGUUUGAUGAAGUGCUUGGAGAGGUGGUGUGGGCAGGGUAGCCUUCACUUUGCACGAGGAGGUGGAGUUAGCUGCAAACUUUAGUUUACUUGCGACUUCUUGCAGAAUGAAAGCGGACACAGCGUGAAGACAACGCACUUAACAAGAAGGCAGGCUGGCUUUUCAGCUUUGCUGAGCUGGAAAAGAAAGGAAAGGUGUGCUAUGUGGGCUUCCCAGUCAGACAGGCUCCCUGGCUUCCAUUGACGUUGGCUGCAGGCCCAGCAGAACUCCGCUGCUCUCUCUUCAUGGCUUUCAAAGCAUUGCCAACAUGAUCAAGGACGGGACACGAAGAAAAGCAGCCACUUAACAGCUCUCCUUCCUUCCAAUUUCCACUGAACCCUGAACCCACUCAUUUGUUUGAGGCUGUCAAGGAGAACAUUCACCCUGCACUGGAAAUAAAAACAAGCAUGACUGAUUCUGUAUCAGUAUAACAUCAACUUAUUAUUAUUGUUUUGUUAAUGAGAUAUUAAAAAUAACAGGGUGUUAUAAUGAGGCUGUUGAAGCACUGGGUGAGGUACAUGUCCUUUGAGAAAUAAACUUGAACUGCGAGCAACAAAAAAGAGCUUUUGUCUAUUUCUACAAACACAGACAAAGUUUAAUAUCUGAAGGAAACUGACAGUCCGAGAAAGGGAAUUUUUUGUUCGACUUUGAGCUACUGCGAAACCUCUUUAUUGGAAAACAAAACCCAACUGAGGAAUCGGUACCUUAACAAAAUAAUUUUGGGGAGUCCUGUAACGCUCAGAAAGGGCUCCAACUUCUACGACAUCUCUCUGCCUGGAUUCUUCCCACAGGAAUAUCCUAGAUUGGGUUCAGGAUGAUGUCUGGGAGCUCAGCAAAGCUAAAGUCGGAACCUUGGAGGGAGCCUGGAAUCUCAAAGCCCACCAGCUUGCACCGCUGCAAGUCCUUUCUAUCUGCAAACCUCAUUGCUGUGGUGGAAAGAUGCAUGGGCGCCAUGCAGACUGGCACUCAGAUGGUGAAGCUGAGAGGCAGCUCCAAGGGGUUGGUCCGAUUCUAUUUCCUGGAUGACCACAAAUCCUGCAUUCGCUGGCGGCCCUCCAGGAAAAACGAAAAAGCCAAAAUUUCCAUAGAUUCAAUCCGGGAGGUGUGUGAAGGAAAGCAGUCUGAAAUCUUCCAGCGCUACUCCGAUGUGAGCUUCGAUCCCAACUGCUGCUUCAGUAUCUACUAUGGAGACCACAUGCAGUCUCUGGAUCUGGUGUCUUCCAGCGGGGAGGAAGCCAGGACGUGGAUCACCGGGCUGAAAUACCUGGUGGCUGGCAUCAGCGACGAGGACAGCCUGGCGAAGAGGCAGAGGACUAGAGACCAGUGGCUGAAGCAGACUUUUACAGAGGCCGACAAAAAUGGCGAUGGCAGCUUGAGUAUAAGCGAGGUCCUUCAGCUGAUACACAAACUCAACGUCAACCUGCCCAGACAGAAAGUCAAGCAGAUGUUUAAGGAAGCGGACACUGAUGACAAUCAAGGCACUCUGGGCUUUGAAGAGUUCUGCACCUUUUACAAGAUGAUGUCAACACGGAGAGACCUCUACCUGCUUAUGAUCACCUAUAGCAACCACAAGGACCACAUGGACAGCGAUGACCUCAUCCGAUUCCUGGAGAUCGAACAGAAGAUGGCUAACGUGACGAGGGAACAUUGCAUCGAAAUUGUGAACAAGUUUGAACCUUGCCCGGAAAACCAAAAACAGGGUGUCCUGGGAAUUGACGGCUUCACCAACUACAUGCGCAGUCCAGCCGGAGAUAUUUUCAACCCUGAGCAGUAUGAGGUGAAUCAGGACAUGAGUCAGCCCUUGUGUAACUACUUCAUCGCAUCCUCCCACAACACCUACCUGAUGGGAGACCAGCUCAUGUCCCAGUCCAGGGUAGACAUGUAUGCCUGGGUGCUGCAGGCAGGCUGCCGCUGUGUGGAAGUUGACUGCUGGGAUGGCCCAGAUGGGGAACCGAUUGUCCAUCAUGGUUACACUCUGACCUCCAAAAUCCUGUUUAGAGACGUCAUUGAGACCAUCAACAAGAAUGCCUUCGUAAAAAACCAAUACCCAGUGAUCCUGUCUUUAGAGAACCACUGCAGCGUGCCACAGCAGAAGAAGAUGGCCCAGUAUCUGGUGGAGGUGAUGGGGGACAAGCUGGAUUUGUCCUCUGUGAAUAUGGAGGAAUCGGGCCGCCUGCCUUCCCCAGAGGAACUGAAAGGAAAGAUUCUAGUCAAGGGAAAGAAGCUCCCUGCAAACAUCGAUGAGGACGUGGAGGAGGGAGAUGUGUCUGACGAAGACAGCGCUGAUGAGAUCGAGGACGACUGCAAGCUCAUGAAUGGAGAUUGGAAGACCUCUGUGAACAGGAAACAGGUGGAGAACGUGUCAAAAAAGAAACUCGACUCCCUGAUGAAGGAGUCAAAAAUCCGGGACUGUGAGGACCCAGACAGCUUUGUCAUCGCUACUCUGCCGCCCUCGGGAAAGCCUAACGAGAAGGCGGGCCUGAAAAAGCACAGAAGCAGCCCCGUUGCCGGUGACAAACAUUUGGGUAAAGGUGAGGAUGGAGCAGAGUCUGCCGAGGACACAAACCCCAACGCUAACAAGAGACAGAGCCGCUUGUUCAUGGGGAACUUCUCCAAGCGCAAGAAAAAAACGGUGAAGCUGAAGAAAGCGUCUAGCUUCGAGGACGACGAUGAUGGCCAGGAGAAUUCUGGGAACACCCCUAAAGGGGCUGUGUAUCACAGCAGGAUAAGCCGGCAGAAGAAGACCAUGAAACUUUGCAGAGCUCUCUCGGAUCUUGUCAAAUACACCAAGUCUGUCGGCGUCCACGACAUCGAGACGCAAGCGGCCUCCAGUAGCUGGCAGGUUUCAUCCCUCAGCGAGACGAAGGCCCACCAGAUCAUGCAGCAGAAACCCAGCCAGUUCAUUCACUUCAACCAGAGGCAGCUCUCCCGCAUCUACCCCUCCUCCUACCGCGUCGACUCCAGCAACUACAACCCCCAGCCCUUCUGGAACGCUGGCUGCCACCUCGUUGCAUUGAACUACCAGUCAGAGGGAAGAGUGCUGCAGCUUAACCGGGCCAAGUUUUAUACCAACGGGAACUGUGGCUACGUCCUCAAGCCCAAAUGCAUGUGUGAAGGUGCCUUCAACCCAUUACUAGAGGACCCGCUGCCAGGGCAGUUGAAGAAGCAGCUGGUCCUGAAGAUCAUUAGUGGGCAGCAGCUACCCAAACCAAAAGACUCCAUGCUGGGUGAUAGGGGGGAGAUUAUCGAUCCUUUCGUUGAGGUGGAAAUAAUAGGAUUACCAGCCGAUUGCUGCAAGGAGCAGACCAGAGUAGUUGAUGACAAUGGCUUCAACCCCAUGUGGGAGGAGACUCUAGUCUUCACUUUGCACAUGCCUGAGAUCUCACUCGUCCGCUUCCUCGUGUGGGACCAUGACCCCAUUGGCCGGGAUUUUAUAGGACAGCGAACGAUAGCCUUCACCAGCAUGAUGUCAGGUUAUCGGCACGUGUAUUUGGAAGGUAUGGAGGAGGCUUCCAUCUUCGUUCAUGUAGCUGUGAAUGACAUCACUGGUAAGGUCCGACAAGCUAUCGGCAUAAAAGGGCUGUUUCACAGAAACCCAAAACAGGCUUCUCUCGACAGCCAUGCUGCUGCGCAGCUCAGUCGUAAGCACGUGUUUGGGGCCCACCUGUUGCGCAGGACAGCCAGCGCCCCAACCAAGAGCCAGAAAAAAAUCAAGAAGGGCUUUCCGGAGAUCUCCAUCGAUGCCAAAGACUACAGCUCUGAGGGUGCCAGUGAGGACAGGGAAUCUGAGGACCCCUCUCAGCCUCGCUUCAACCGUGAGUCGGACAAUGCCACACCAGAGCCAGCGCCAACGCCAGCCCAGGACAGUGCCAAUGGGGAGCUGCGUCCGGAGGACUGCAAAGACAAAACAAAUUCAUUACAAAGAGCAGUCUCUCCUUUGCACACCCUGGAAACCAUUACUGAAGAGACUUCCAGUACUGAAGACAAAGCUUCCAUUUCUCCUCAUCCCAUAUCUCCAUACUGUGCUGGUGAAGGGGCCCCUUUGCAGCUUGGUCUCACCCAAACUGCUGCCUCUGCAUGUUAUUCAGCAACGGGACCUGUAAGCUCAUCUCUGUUGCUGCACGGCAAAACCUCCUGCUUGGAUAAAGACCAGGAAGGGGUCAGCAAUCACUCUUAUCCACCGAUGGAAGGUGCAAGAACAAUGGGGGAAGUAGCCCCAUGCAGGGAUAUCCUUGAAAACCAGAAAGAUUCAAAACUAAAAACUUCAACAAAUGACAAGCAUGCUCCAUCGCCACAUACUGAAGACACCGAACAGUCAGCACAGUUUAGUUCUGUGCACUUGAACGGCCACGGUCUUAAAUCUAAUGCAACAAGCACGGUUAAAGGUGCACCCGAGGCUGGAUCCAAACAAAACUCAAAUCAGAUCCUGGAAACAUCGAGUAUUAUGCCCAUGACCAACACAUCUCAAAGAGCGCAGGCUUUGAAAGUGUUGUUUGGCACGGAGAAACCUCCGGCAUCCCUGUCUGGACCACGCAUGUUGGUGCGUAGAUCGAAAAGCGAGGGGCAUGUCAAAGCAGCGUCCAUUGGGAGCAACCAGUCUCCACUACCAGAGGUCUAUACCGAUGUCACCAUGAACGACAGGCUUUGGAGUAAAUUAGACAGCAGCAGCCACAGGGACAGUGUGUCGUCUUCCUCUAGCAUAUCCUCCACUGACACUGUGAUUGACCUGUCAUUGCCUAACUUGGCCCGGAAGAGCCUGUCAGACCUGAACAACUCCCAGGAGGAGUCAUCUUUGGAUGCCUUUUUGGACAACAAAAGAAUCCGUCCACGGUCUGCGACCUCUGGAUGUGAAAUCCAAAGGGUUAGCAAAAGCAAGUCUAACCCUAACCUUAGGACUGAGGAGGAAUCUGAAAUCAAAGACGAAAUCCAGCCGAGACCUUUAGCAAAGGAAUCUCCGGACAACUGUCGAGUGAUGCAGAGGAGACACACGUGGAGCCGGCUCUAUAUGGAAGGUCUCAAGCAGUCGUCCCCAGCCAAGAAGACUAUGACGCCGGCCAUCAAGGAAAUGGACAGUCUCUCCAAAUCCAAGAGCCUGGGGGAUCUCACAUCGGAUGACAUUGCGUCAAACUUCGAGGGCAAGUACAGGAGCAUCAGCAGGAGCUUUGUCACCAGGUCCAUGAGGGAUCGACUGAAGCCUCCUCAGAAAAACCCAGACGACUUGACGGAGCAGCUCAAGAGGCUGACUGCGGUGGAGCCCUUAACCUCCAGCGACUUCACUCCUUCAACCCCUGCAGAGCCAGAGGAGGACUUUUAUCUUCCGAGACGAUCAUCUUCCAGGAGUCAGAGCAGGGUGCGCUACAUCGCGAACAGGGCCAAGCAGGCGCAGGAGAGGCAGCGGCUCCAAGGCAUGUCUCAGAUGAACGGCGGUCCGAUCGAGGAGCGGGGGAACCCCGAGGGGUCGUGCUGCGUCAGCGCAAGCGUCUGCACCGACUCGGACCUCCUUGGACAGCUCCUUCCUCCACCGCAGGGCCAGAACUUGCCAAACCCAGAGACUGAGGUGUUCUUCAUGCUGAAGCUUUGAGUCUUUGGGAGGAUGGUCAAAAAAAUAAAAGCUGCUGUUCACAAGGUUCCAAAAAAAACAGGCUAACCUGGUUUUAUGCCAUUCAGAUUUUUAGACAUAAUGGGGUACAUUUUUAUUUGAUGAUAUAUAUUUUUUUAGCUUUCAACCCAUGUUUGACACACAUGUGUAUACAAAACCUAGUAUCCGACAUGUUAAUGAAGCACUGGUUGUAUCUUUAAUUACUUUGAAUUAUAUUAAUCCCCAAACCUCGUCCAUGCCUGCUUUUCCCCCAACACGUUUUGAAGACCGUGUAUAUGAAAACAUAGCAUAGGAUCGAUAUGUUUAAAGAUUAAGGAGAAAAAGCUUGUUAUUGGUUGAAAACUUUCCAAAGCCUUUAAAACACAGUUGGAAGGAAAGUAAACGUUCCACUGAAAUUAAUGCGUGUCACUUUUGUCAACACUUUUAAACACUAAUAAUGGACCUUGUUCAAUGAACUCUUGUUACAUCACACUCCACCAUAGAAACGACCUGGGUUCUAUAGUGCUUAAUAAUAAUAAUAAUAAUAAUAAUAAUAAUAAUAAUAAUAAUAAUAAUAAUAAUAAUAAUAAUAUAUCACUGAAGUAAGCAUGUUGAAUUCUGUCCGUUUCCUUCUGUACAGGCCAUUUAAAAGGCAAGAUAAAGAAAAGGAAAUCAAGUAAAUGCUUUUUGAGUUGAGUUUGAACCAGCUUGACUCUCCUAAUAGAAAUAGUGAUGGUAUGGCUGUUCUGCUCCCUGGGGUUGAUUAGCCCAUGCAGGCAGGAUCGGCUACAUGCGAUCAGUCCUAUUGGUUAAUAAAAUGGCCCUCUCUGUACCUUGUGUUUUCUAAGUAGUUUUGUCUAACACAUGGACUGGUUCUCUAACAUGUAGAUGGCUGGGUUACCUCUCUGUUUACCAGACCUCAAAACAGACCUACCUGAAAUAUUCUUCGAGACUGGCUUUUGAAGGCACAAGUGAGUUGUAAUAAUAAUAAUAAUAAUAAUAAUAAUAAUAAUAAUAAUAAUAAUAAUAAUAGUCACUACCAUCAGUUUUGGACCAGAUCAAUCCUUUACAACUAAUGUGCCGUAACUUAUAUCUUAUUAUUGUUCACUUAUAUAUAAACAUUGUAAUACAAUUUAAAUACAACAACAACACAGGCUGAAAAAAUAAAUAAAUCUAAGUAAAUGUGUGUGUGUGUGUGUAUAUAAAUGUAUUGCACAUUAUUAACUUUGUAAAAUCAAAUACGGUCACUGUUAUUCUUAUUCAAAUAAGAAGUGUCACUUUGAAUUUUGAAUGAAGUGCCCUCCUUCAGUAUGUGUUUACAGUGCGUGCAGCCGCGGAGCAGCUAGACUGUACAAUAUCGGGUUAACAGUAUGUGUUUUUGUAUUGGGAUGACUGUCCUCUUUAAACCAAUGGGUUCUAUUGUAAAAGCUACCACCUAAAUGUUUUCAUAUCACAUUGCAAAUUGUACUGUAUGUGCCACCUUCCCAGACUAAGUAUAACUGGAAGAGAUACCCUGCAUGGUACGAAUCUCUGUCUCGGGUUGAAGUGUCAUUUCCCGGGGGGGAGGGGUCAUACAUGCCAUUUGUCAUUUUUAAAUUGGUAUUUUUAUGAUAUGAUGCUGUUAAGAGCACCUUUCUUAUUUUUUACCGUCCGCACUGCCAUGCCAGUUUU